GCCCUGCGUUAAUUCGUUUAAGGGGUUGUGACAUGGUCCUUCCCUUUCCUUUCCUCGUGGCUCCUUCCUGGCCUUUUUUCGUGGUUCCUUGUUGGCCUUUUCUCGUGGUUCCUUGCUGGCCUCGGUCCCUCCUUUCAUUCAUCUCUCUGCUAUCUUUCUCUGUUUUCUUUUUGUCCUGUAACUACAUAUGUAGUAUUUAAAUAUAAAUAAAAUUAAUUUGCUUCACAAAAUGAA